CGUAUUUAGAACACUGCAAAUUUCCUUAUUAACUUUCCAUUCUCUUCAUUCUUCAUUCUUCAUUCUUCAUUCUGUCGAGUUCGACACUAAAAAUUCUUUUUCUGAAGAUUUUCGGAGACUCUGAUUUCUUUCUGCCUGCUCGAUUAAACACAAUUUCGUUCAUUACUUCUCAUUUGUAUAGUAUAUUUUGAAUUUUUGACCAAGAAGAACGAUUGAAAAUGGAUCCUGAUUCAGUGAAAUCGACUCUUUCUAAUCUGGCUUUCGGGAAUGUGUUGGCUGCUGCAGCUCGCGAUUAUAAAAAGGAAAUGCUGGCUAAUGAGAAAGCGCAAGCAUCAAGCUCGGCUAACGAGGAAGUCGAUCUAGAUGAAUUGAUGGAUGAUCCCGAACUAGAAAAAUUGCAUGCUGAUAGGAUUGCAUCCCUUAAGAAAGAAGCAGAAAAGCGACAAAAAUUAAAGAUGCAAGGCCACGGAGAGUACAGGGAAAUUACAGAAGCAGACUUUUUAAGUGAAGUUACGGGCAGUGAAAAAGUGAUUUGUCAUUUCUACCACCGAGAGUUCUACCGUUGCAAGAUUAUGGAUAAACAUUUAAAGUCCCUUGCUCCAAGACAUUUUGGUACCAAAUUCAUCAAAUUGGAUGCUGAGAAUGCUCCUUUCUUUGUGGCUAAGCUUGCAGUGAAAACAUUACCAUGUGUCAUACUGUUCAGGAAAGGAGUAGCAACAGAUAGAGUGGUCGGGUUUCAGGACUUGGGGGGAAAAGAUGAUUUCUCGACUAGAACCCUUGAGAUUCACCUGGUGAAGAAAGGAAUAAUUGAAGAGAACAAACGGGAGGAAGAGGAUGAUGAUUAUCUCGAAGGUCAACGUAGGACAGUGAGAUCAUCUGUGAAUCAUGAUUCUGAUUCUGACUAAGGUCGACGCUAGGAAGUAGGAACUUGCAGGUUCACAAGAAGCUUGCUCAACGCAAAAUUUGAAACUAGGUCACGAUUUUUAUGUGCAUUAUAAAAAAUUGCAAUGCCGGUGUUGAAGUAGUAAGUUAAGCCUUAGCAAGUGAAAUUUUCUAGAUUAUCGCGAAACAAUUUCUCAGGUUGUGUACUGUUAUUCUACUUGGUGGCUGUAUAAUCGUCGAACACUUGUUGGACAGUUACUUGCAACAAAUAUAUGGUGUGAAGAUGUGAGGCUAAACCAAAUCCGGCUCGGCUUCUGAAAAUCGUGUUGUCUCUAUAGUGUCUCAUUCACCAUGUUCAUAAUUGAAAGCAUCAGUCCUCUUCAUAUUGUAUGCAAAGGUCAAUGUCUUAUUAUUUUCAUUAUUAUUUUUAGGGAAAAUUACACUUUGUCUACCGAACUAUCCGCGUUUUUACA